AUGUUACACCUUUUGCCUAAUGAAAUUUGGUUGGAAAUCCUAGGCUAUUUGAACCAAUCUGAUAAAUGUUCACUAAUGCUGGUAUCUCAUGCUGUUUAUGAUAAAACAGUGUCUUCGCUUUACAAAAACUUAUAUUUGAAUGAAAGACCGAUAGUAACGAUACCAGAAUAUCCUUUUUUUGGCAACAACUGGUCUACACUUGCCUUUUCAGAACCAACUCGCUCUUCAUUAAAGUUUCAAUCUUUGUAUAAUACAUUAUCGAGAAAUGUGGAGCUUUGCCAGCUAAUUCACAAAGUUCAUUGCACUUGGCAUUUAAAUAGAACUUUACUAACUAGAUUUACAAGAUUAAUCUGCGAGCACGGAUCCAAUGUGACAUAUUUUGAGAACUUUCUAUACAUCGAGACCUUUGAAACUCUUUCAAAGUCAGCACUUGCCCCUAGACUUCAAUCCUUGGACAUAGUGCCGCAUGCAAAACUCCCCGGGAACGCCUACGCUUCAUACCUUCCAAGCGUAACUACUAUGGCAAAUAAAUUUAACUGGUCUAACAUCAAGAGUCUUACCAUAUACGUCGAUGUACUUAUGUGGUUUCCAAACUUCGUUAAAUUAUCUGAAAAACUACAAUUAACCGAAUUGUGUUUAAAUCUACGGAACGACACAUUUCCAGGGCUUGAUCAAAUUACUUCUAACAAUUCUGUCGUUAAGUUCAGUGAUUUAUUUGAUGUGAACACUUUGGAAACACUUUCAAUUUUAUCCUGGUAUGAAGCAGAAACGUUUGAUGUCUAUGCAAAGUACGGAUUAUCAGACUUAGCUAGCUUCACAAACCUUAAAGAAGUUUCACUACUUUCCAUAUUCUACAACGAAGAGUUUUUAGUGUCGUUGCUUUCAAAUCUCUCAACUCUAGAAAGACUCAAGUUGGAUUUCAUGUUCGAUCAUGCUUUAUCCAGAAACGUUAUCAAUAUCCUGUCUAAUAUCCGAACACUAAAGUAUUUGGACUGCAAGUUCGAUGACCUUGAUGAACCUAUUCUAAACAUAGUAGAGCUGGAUGAUUUUGCUAUAUUUGAGCUUAAUCAAAUGUGCCUAUGUGAAACUUGCAAAACUGUUUACAGAGAUGUUAUAUUGAAAAAAUACUUCCCUAAUAAAAAUGCUUUCAUGAUUCAAAACGCCAAUGAUAUUCACUCCAGGCAUUUCUUGAAUCAUAUCUUCAAACUAUAUCCAAUAAUACCAUACUUCCAUAUGAUAACGACGUCGCCGUGCAUUGCUUACCGCUCUCGAUCUGUCGAAGAACUAGCUAAAAAGUCAAACGAAUUACUUAAUGACUUGUUUUACGAGUACGAAUCAGAUACGUCCGACACAAAAAUCACUGCAGAUGACAUUAUUUCCUUAUACCAUUGCAUAUGCCACUCUAUGAAAAGGUCAUUUGAUUUCUUCCUCAAUCUGUUUCCUCGUCUAGAAAUACUAGUAAUCAAUGACGUACCGACAAUAGUAGAUCAGGAAUGCGGCCAAAAAUUUAUGAAGCCAAUAUUCUACUCCUCGGGAUACAAGACAAAUCAAGUCUACGAGAUAGUUACAGAUGAGUCCUUAUUCGAUUGA